AUUCAGUGUCGCACCUUACAAGGGUCUGCAUCUAUUCUACUACACCUAUAGUACAGACACUGGUUUCAUAGGCAGCUGCGAAGAUGUAUCAAGAAAUCGCAGAAUACUACGUGGGGCAAUCUGUUUUCAUCACGGGGGGUACAGGAUUCCUUGGGAAGGUUCUCCUGGAGAAGUUACUGUACAGUUGUCCCGGGAUUGACAAAAUUUAUCUCUUAGUGCGGGAGAAGCAAGGCGCCACAGCACAGCAGAGAGUCCAGAAAUUAUUAGAACAAUCAUUAUUCUCAAGGUUGAAAGACGAGAGCCCGCAGGCCUUUGAGAAAAUAGUUCCUAUCGUAGGUGAUAUUUCUGAACCUCAACUCGGAAUCAAGCCAGAGGACGAGAAACUUCUAUCGGAGAAGGUGUCCAUUGUAUACCACGUGGCUGCAACGAUAAAGUUCAAUGAACCAUUUGGACAGGCCAUGAACGUGAACGUAGCGGGCACUGGUCGUGUCCUUAACCUGAGCAAGCGUAUGAAAAAUAUUAAGGCCUUCGUAUAUGUAUCCACGGCUUACUCGAACUCCGACAGAGAUGUGAUCGAAGAGGUGGUAUAUCCCGCACCUGCAUCGUUGAAUGAAGUAAAAAAGUUACUCGAAAUCGGCCUAAAUGAUACACAAGUAAAAGAACUUUUAAGUGGAAGGCCUAACACUUACAUAUUCACUAAAGCGUUAGCAGAAAAUUUAAUUGCUGAUAAUCACGGAAAUAUACCUGCAGUUAUAAUAAGACCUUCAAUAGUAUCAUCUAGUAAAAAAGAACCGAUGGUUGGUUGGAUAGAUAACUGGUUCGGAGGCUCUGCACUGAUAACGACCAUAAUGAAAGGCCUGAACCGAGUCCUUCUUACAACACCUGAUAACUCUCUAGACCUGAUUCCCGUGGACUACGUCUCGAACCUCAUUAUUGUAGCAGCUGCCAGGUGUAAAUGUUCAAACAAAGUCGAUGUGUAUAAUAGCAGUACGAGUGGCGAAAAUCCCCUGAAAAUUGGCCGAUUAGCGGACCUGAUCAUUGCUGAUAGCAACAAACACAAAUUUUAUGAUGUCCCAAUGCCGAUGGUGCACUUCACACGCUUCAGAUGGGUGGUGUUGAUCAUAACGCUGCUCUUCCAAACUCUGCCAGCGUACAUAGCUGAUAUAUUUUUAUUGAUACGAGGAAAGAAAACAAGAUAUGUGAAAAUUCAAUCCAAAGUUUCCUUCAUACGCGAUACGCUGGAAUAUUUUACGGCAAACACCUGGGUCAUAUCCGCAGCUCAGACGACGGCUCUCUCCGAAUCUCUAUCUCCAUCAGACAGACACAAAUUUCCAUGUGACCCUAAAGACAUAGACUGGAACGAAUACAUCCCUAUCUACUGCCAAGGAAUAAGGCAGUAUUUAUGUAAAACCUAAAAUAAAUAAUGGUUUUAGCAUAUUAUAAACUUGAGUGACUGAUUUUAUUAUUUUAGGGAACGAUUGAGCAUAACUUUCAUAUUGUGUUCUUGUUAGAGUACGCUUAAAUAAUAAUAAUGGGUUCAUUAAGAAAAGUCUCAGUAAGGGAUGGAACGAGCUAUAUGUAGAAAGUUAGAGCUGUAGGAAGAUGAGGCUUAACAUCUAUGUCUCAAGGACAAAGUGCGACAUUUUGUAGGAUCCGAAGUGUUACUUCGUUUAAAGGCUAUAGUUUUCAACUCUUACCAUCAGGUGGGUCACCUGCUUUGUCCGUCAAUUAUUAGUAUAAAAUGAAUAGGGCACAUUUGUAUAGGCUAUAGUUUUCCAAUCUUACCAUCAGUUGGGCUCUAACAUCUAUGCCUCAAGGACAAAGUGCGACAUUUUGUAGGAUCCGAAGUGUUACUCCGUUUAAAGGCUAUAGUUUUCAACUCUUACCACCAGGUUGGUCACCUGCUUUGUCCGUCAAUUAUUACUAUAAAAUAAAUGGGGCACAUUUGUAUAGGCUAUAGUUUUCCAAUCUUACCAUCAGUUGGGUCUUAACAUCUAUGCCUCAAGGACAAAGUGCGACAUUUUGUAGGAUCCGAAGUGUUACUCCGUUUAAAGGCUAUAGUUUUCAACUCUUACCACCAGGUGGGUCACCUGCUUUGUCCGUCAAUUAUUACUAUAAAAUAAAUGGGGCACAUUUGUAUAAGCUAUAGUUUUCCAAUCUUACCAUCAGUUGAGUCAUAACACCUAUGCCUCAAGAAUACGGAGUGGCACUUUGUAGGAUGUACUUCUUCCCUGCGAAGUGUUGCUUAGAUUAUGGGCUAUGGCCACUUUUAAAAUCAGGUGGGUUCUCUGCUUUGUCAGUCUAUUAUAUACUAAUAAUACGAAAAACUUAAAGGGCUAAAAGACUUAGGUGUCCAAAGGUAAUUUAAAAACCAUACACUGGAUAAUGCAGCACAUAGUUCUGAUGUUUCUAGGUAAUAUAGAUCCAGCGCUGUGGGUAGAUUUAGCAUCCGCAACAUUUAGCUGAGUCCGAUCAGUGUCAGUUUUUAUUGGCACAACACAUGAUAGACUUAUGACUAUUAAUAAUUAAGUAUUCAAUUAUGACUUACUCUGCUUGUAAGUAUCUCUGUGUUGCUCUUGUAAAUAACCAUGUUUUAUUCGAUGUUAAAUGUGUCGCAGUGAGCUACGUCUUCAGCAGUAGACGUUGUUUGAGGUGACAAUGUCUGAUUCUAAACAUCUAGACACGUUGCUAGACAUGUAUGAGUAAAGCUGAAUUAUAUCUUAAUUGUAUUUCUAAAGGAUGAUAAUAUCAAUGAGCAAUCCGCACUGGUGAUUGUCCUAUCAUUUCUUCUUCUAGAACAGAAUAAUGUAAAUGUGAAUAUUAAGAAUUAUGACAAAUAACUUAUUCGCUUAUUUGCUUAUUCACCUCUUAUUUAUCUCAUCUAUGUUUUUGCGAUGUAGUGAUUGAUAUUAUUAAUCCGUCUUAUUUAAUAAGUUUAUUUAUUUUAAAAUUUAAUUAUAAUGUAUUAGAUACUUUCAACCGAUUUAAAACAUCGCAUGUGUGUAUAAAAAUACUUAAUAUUGUAAAUAUUGAUUAAGGAUUUUGAUUUAAAUAUUAAAGGCAGACCAUGAAGGCCAGUCAUAUUGGCAUGGUAAUCAUGUAUUAUGGUGUAUGCAACAUUAAAGAUAGAUAUUUGUUUUUUUUUUUAAAUGUUGAUUUGAAUUCUGUUAUUCACAUAACUUAUUGUAAGAUUUUCCCUUUAUUUGAGUUAUGUGUUUAGUUGGAACCAGUGCCCAACCUUUGUCCACUUUUAGACGAGUAAGGUUUAAUGUAACAAUUUUUUAUUUUUUAUUUUCAGUGUUAUAAAAUUGUUUGUGUCAUAUGAACGAUGUAUUUUGCUCUUUUGAUUUUUCCUCUUUUUUUUUAAUACGAGUGAGAAUAAAAAAUGUCUUAAUUCUUUUUAUGCAGCAAUA